AUGACCGAAGGCGCAUUAAAGACACAUCAACUUGAUUCUAAUAAAUCACCAGUAUCAACAGAUGAACCUUUUUAUACACCUCUAGAAGAGCAACAAUUACAACAAACGCAACGGCAACAGUUAUCAUCAUCAUCAAUAACAUCAUUACCCCAACAAAGGGAAUUACAACAAAAACUUUAUAAUGAUCAAGAAAAAGAAGAAGCAGCAGCAGAAAUAUUUAAUGAAGAAAAUAAUUUCUUAGAUGAAUUAGAUGAGUUAACACUUAAAAAACGAGUAAUGGAAUUAGAAAAAACAAUGGAACAAAUACAAAAAUCAGAUAUAAUAAGACGAAUUAGUGAAAUAGAAAAAGCACUUGAACAAAUUCAAGCGGAAGUUUCAGCUUCACAUGAAAGAAUAGAAGGAUUAAGAAGAGAAUUAAUAGAACGUGAAGAGAAAAUACAAAAAAUGAAAAGAACGAAAAGUGUUUUAACUGAUUUUAAGAGUGCCUAG